AUGGCCUACAUGAGGGACAGCAGAAUUCGGGAAAACAUAACAUACGCCUAUAUCCUCAACCUAGCUUUGGCCGAUCUACUUGUGGGGGUUGUCCUGGUGAUUAAUACAGGAAGCUUUUACACAGGAACGUGGAGUUUUGGAGGACUGCUUUGUAUUUUAGCGUGGGUGCUCGACUACUCUGCAACAACUGUAUCCGUGCUGACCAUCAUCGCCAUCAGCGUCGACAGGUACCUUAUGGUACAGAAUCCCCUACGGCAUCGUUCGAGACAGUCCUGCAAGAAGGUAGCCAUCAUUUGCAGUAUCCUCUGGAUAACCUGUCUAGCUGCCCAUUCGACUUUGGCCUUCACCUACUCCUCCAGGACAGGAUUCAUGCAUGAUGAAAACAGAAUAGCCGCGUGUGACCUUGGGUACGGAAAUGACGUUGUCAUCAUCUCGAUGAUGUCCGUGGUGGGGUACCUGGUGCCUGGUCUCUGUGUCUUUUCUUUGAAUCUCAAAGUGUACUUCCAACUGAAGCGACGCUCCAGCAACUUCCAACCAAGGUUAAGUAUGGACCAGUUGGGAUCAAGUGAAGUUCCUUUUAAGGAUGGUCGCACUCGCACCAGCUCCUGUAGAUUAAAUGACAUACGGAUUCACGGAAGCUCAGCAACAGGUUUCCAACAUCGAAAAGCGGCAAGGUUCCUGACGUUUCUUCUAAUUGUCUUCGUCUUAUGCUGGUCACCUUUCUACAUCUACCACUGCUAUACCUUCGUGACUUCAUGGGGGAACUACAGCGUUGUUGUAGAUAAUGUCGUUUCUCUUAUUCUUUGGUCGAAUUCUGCCAUCAACCCAUUCCUAUACGCUUUCACCAAUGUCUUCUUCAAGGAGAAUUUCAUGCAUUUCCUAAGAUGCAAAUGA